AUGCCUUUGGACUAUAGCAAAUGGGAUAACCUCGAGUUAUCCGACGACUCGGACAUUGAAGUCCACCCUAAUGUCGAUAAACGUUCCAUGAUUAAAUGGAAGCAAGAAUCCAUCCAUCGUGAACGCGCUGAACGUAAAGCCAAAAUUGAUUAUUUAUCCACCUUCAUCCCACAGCAACAAAACGUCUUGAAUAAAGUACAACAAUUGGCUUCCAUGCUCUCUACAGGAACUGAUAUGGAAGGGAUUGGACGUGUUGUACAAGCUCUGGAUAAGCAACAAGUAGAAGCCGAUCCAAGUAUGAUGGUGCCUUCCCCCAACGGACAAGACCCCAUGAACGUCACUCAAGUCUUUGCUGCCAUGAAGGCUCAGAUUGCUACAGGUUUAGCUUCUUCCUCACCCGCUCAAGUGAAAUCCACCCUCCUGAGUCGCUUUCAACAAACACAAGAGACUGUCCAAAAGACCUUGGUGGGUGCAGAGGCAGAGCUCCAGAAACUCAACCAAGAGGCCGCCAAGAAAAUGACGAGUGAAAACAUGUUUACCGAGACCGCUAACAAGACGGUACAAAAAAAAAAACCUAAACCUGUGACUAAAAAGAAGACACAAAAGGUCGUAGAGACCUUGAACCCUCAUGCACAAUUACCCAAAGUAACAACCGGAGGGCAGAAAGAAGCAACAGAUGCUGAUGAUGAAGAAGAGGAUGAGGAGGAGGAGGAUAUUGACAUGUCACCUGAAGCCACGGCCUUUUCCAAAUUGCGAGGCUUUGAGGAUAGUUACAAGUACUUGAAAAACCAUAUGGACAUCAUUAAUGAAAAGACCUCCGAUUCAAUUUUGGGUAACGCUUUUACAGCUCAGUUAAAAGGAGAAGAAGCCUAUGCUAAAAAUUGUGUGAUUCAAUCCUUGAUGAUCCAGUAUGCCGGCCAACUUGGUAAAGAUGGUUUGGAUGUAUUUUUCUCUCGAAUGAGUGCACCCAAUACACAGGGUCGUAAAAUGUUUUUUGACGAUGUAGAAAAGACAUACGGUCGUAUUCAAUCAAGAUGUAUUGAAAUUGCUGCUGAAGAAGGAACGGAUCAUCCUCAAGUAGAAACCAUUCAGCUUCAACCUGUGGGUGAUGGAUCACAGUUAAUCAUUCGUGUACCAGAACCUGAGGACAAAGAGGCCUAUCAGGUGUAUACCGCUAUGCCCGUUGAUUUUCAAAAGGCACUUAAAACAGGUCAAUUAGAUGAAAUGAACAAAGUGUUGGAGAAAUUGGCUGUACCUGUUGCAGAAGAGUUGGUGAAGCAGUGCUCGGAUUAUGGAUUUUUGGAUGUAGAAGGAGAGGUCAUUGAUGCCACUCAACAAGUGUAA